ACGGACCGAAAAAUGUUCCCUCAAAUGUAUUAUACGCUAUUUAGUAUUUACUAUUACACGUCUCGAGUCUCGACUAUACAGACGUAGUAUAGUGUAGGAAAUAAAAUCUGAAAACUAUUCUUAGACAAGAAUUUUAUACUUACUAUAUUUUCUAGUAGAUUUUUAGUUUUUGUGAUUUGUAACGAAGGCAUGAAGUCGGCAGUGGUGUUCUUUCAGAUCUGUGCGUUGUACGUCUUAUUCGGAUACAGUCCAGGAUUGGCUGCUCCAUAUUCUGAAACUACGAAAGUUGAUGAAGUCUGGCCAUAUUUGACCGACGUCAAUGAAGAAUCUACGACUUUCAAACAAUAUUCCACUUCUAAUCGCAUGUAUAGAGCUGAAAAUCCGAUAAUGAUGAUUUUGCGCCAGGAUGAUGGUAUACGACUGCUACCAAUAAUCGAUGAAACUACAACUUUAGUUCCUACAACUACAUUUAUAACUACAUAUGCAUUUUCAAAUGAAACUACAACUUCAGCUCCUAUAACUACAACUUUAGCUCCUACAACUACAACUUUACCUCCUUCAACUACUAUAGCUCCUACAACUACUGUAACUCCUACAACGAGCUCAACGACGAUGCAGCCAAUCACCACGAAUACGCCGCAGACUGCCAAACAGAAUAAAGUGACUUGCGCAUUAUGUAUUAUAGUCAUGUUAAACAAUUAAAAUGUAAUAAUAUAAUAUAUAGGACAACAUCUAACUUUCAGUUUAUAUUAUAUACAAUUCAAUACAAGAACUAUAAAAAAAUAUUCUCUUUUUAACCAUGUUUUUACAAUAUUAUUCAUUAUUCAAUAUCCAUGAAAAUAAAAGUCCAAAUAAUUUUGGUAUAUAAUAAAAAUAUAACAUGUACAUAAUUAUUAUAUGCAUAAAUCUAAAUUAUUUAUUGUAUGUUUGGAUCUACCUCAGAAAAUAAGUUCAGUGGAUGUAGAUUGAUCUUAACCAUAAAUCAUAAUAUAUACAAUUUACUUACAUUAUCUAUAUGGAGGUCACAUGAUGGUAUCGCCUAUUAUUUUAAAUCUAUUAUUACAUAUUAUCUUAAAACUAUUAUCAGAUAUUAGUUAUAUUUGAAUAAAUUACUCCACUAUUAUUUUAGUUUUAA